AUGGCGCGUCACACCGCAAUCUUCGCGCUCGCGGCGUUCCUGGCUCUCGCCGCGUUCGACGGCGCCGACGCGACCACCUGCAUCAGCAGCAGUAACCCCCUGGACAAUAACAAGGAGUACUUCUCCGUCACCGACAGGGUCGCGGUCGACGGCACCGCCGCGGGAUCCGCCGAGGUCACCGUCGCCGGCGAUUUCUCAAUCACCUACCACAAGCACUUCAAGGUUCUCAAGAACCUCCUCGUGACCCCGGCGAAGACCUACGUCCUGCGCAUGUGCGGCUCGGACGUCCCCACGAAGUACCCCAACGGCACUGCCAUCGAAUCCGACGCCAAGCACUUCUCCGUCCCCGUCAAGGGCGUCGGCGUCGGCGGCUCCAUCCCGAUGGCCUUCCUCGAGCAGCUCGACCUCCUCGACAAGAUCAAGGUUGCCGAUCCCCAGUACGUCCACUCGCCGUGCAUCAGGAACGCCGAGAAGGCGGGCACGAUCCUCGGCCAGGGCUCGGGCCAUCUCCAUGCCGCCGGGUGGGCCAACAAGACCAAGGACAACGACGCCGUCGAACUAGUGGUGACGGACUCGUGGAACACUGGCGCCUGCAGCUGCGAUAAAGACGUCGUCUUCGAUCCGUCCACGGACGACACCCCGCUCGGCCGCGCCGAGUGGAUCAAGUACAUCUCCACCUUCUUCAACGAGGAGGGCCGCGCCAACGUCGCCUUCGCGCGCGAGAAGGCGGCCUACGACGCGACCAAGAAAAUCGCCAAGGACGCCGCGGAUGUGCACGCGUCGCUCCAGAAGCCCAAGAAGAAGUGCGCCUGGGUCAACGAAGCCUACGAUUCUAACUGGAACAGCUACUGGAAGCUCGACAUCGCCCCGUAUAAGCUCGCGUACUGCGCCGACGCGGGCAUGGAGGCGGUCACCGACAAGGACUCCCAAGGCUAUGCCAAGAACUACGUCAAGUCCGGGAACCGCUUGACAAACGCCCUCGCCGACGUGGACGUCGUCAUCGACGAGACGUACGACUCCGAUCCCGCGACGAACCUGGACACCAAGGAGAAGGUUCUCGCGAAGCUCGGCAUCACGCUCAAGGAGGGCGCCGUGCUCCUCCGUCUCGAUCGCGAGCUCUCCGACAACAGCGCCACCUCCACCAAAUUUUACGAGAUCAACUCGGGCAACUCCGGCAUCAACUGGGCGUGGUCCGAGUCCGGCGUCCUUCGCCCGGCGCACGUCCUCCAGGGCCUCGUGCACGCCGUCUGGCCGAACUCCGUGAAGGAGAUCGACCCCGCCUGCGUCGACUACUUCCGCGACGUCACCGCGGGCGAGAAGCCCGUCGUCAAGGACCACACCCACUGCACGAAGUGGGACAAGGCCAACGCCGAUGCGCAGUGCGUGACCAACAUCAUCUUCCGCGACUCCCCCGCGGCCAAGCCGUCUUUCAUCGUCGCCAUCCUCGUCGCCCUCGUCGUCGCCCUCAUCGGCGCGUAA